AUGCCAAAAAUUUCUAUACUUCAAGCAAUGAAAGAUCUUGUUUCUUCGUGGAAUGCUGUGUCGAAAAAGACUGCCAUUAACUGCUUUAAAAAAGCUGGUAUCAGCAAAAAAAAUAAGAGUAUUGAAGAAGCUGAUGAUGAUCAUCUUUUUAAAUUUUUGACAGAAGAACUUGACCGUUUGCAAGAGUUAAAUCCUUGUGCCGUCCAAGAAGAUCUCUCAGCGGAAUCUUACAUUGGUUUAGAUUGCAAUGUAGAAAAGAUAAAUCCAUCUGGUAGUGAAAUAACUAAAGUAAACUCGGAAUUCCUUAAUAUAAAAAACAAGUUAAGGGAAAUGGAAGAUCGUUCGAGGCGAAAUAACUUAAGAGUAGACGGUGUAAAAGAGAAUGAAAACGAAACCUGGGAAGAGACCGAAUCAAAGUUGUUGUGCUAUGGGUGUAUGAAUAAAAGGAUAAAAGGCGAUAAAAACUUGAGUUUUUACCGCAUUCCUUUUGGAAAUACAGAAACAUCAAAAAACAGAAGAGUUUUAUGGUUGCAAGCCUUAAAACGUAAAAACUGGCCAAUAAGUAUGAUUGAUAACGCAAGAUUAUGUAGUAAACAUUUUAUUUCAGGCAAAAAAUCAGACAAUCCUAAUAGUCCUGACUAUGUUCCAUCUGUUUUUUUAUACAGACAGCAAUCUUUUUCAAAAAAACAUCAAAGUAUUGAAAGAUUUGAAAGAAGUUGUAAAAGAACAAAAAAAAAUACUGAAGAUAAUUUAUCUCAAACAAAAGCUGAAAAUGAACAGAUGUCAGUUAAUAUGGAUGCAGUAAUAUCAGUCAACCCUUUCAAAUUAAAUCAAGAAUCUCAGACUGAUGAUGUUAAUUUUGUUGCUGAGCUACAUUCUAAAGUCAAAACUUUGAGUAAAAAUAAUGUUGAAUUAAAGAUUACAAUAAACAAAGCUAUAACAUCAUCUGUUUCUCAAUAUAUUUCGUUUGAAAAACUAAAAGAUGAUAAUUCACUUUUAUCUUUUUAUACUGGUUUGCCAAAUGCAAAUUUAUUUUUGUGGUAUUUAUCAUUGUUUAAAGAUUGUGUAAAACCAUUGAAAAAUAUACCAAUGGAAGACCAUUUAUUGCUAAUAAUAAUGAAAAUCAAACUUGGAUUUUUAAAUAAAGACUUGAGCUUUAGAUUUGGUUUUUCUGAGCCAACAGUCACUAGAAUAUAUAGAUCUUGGCUUCCAAUUAUUGCUGAAAAUGUUAAGUUUUUAAUUGUUUGGCCAGAAAAGCAUGUUUUGCGAAGAAAUUUGCCAACAAGUUUUUGCAAAAAGUUCUAUAAUUGUGUUGCAAUAAUUGAUUGCAUAGAAAUACUCAUUGAAAGACCUUUUAGUCUUCAUGCUCGAGCUCAAACUUGGUCAAAUUAUAAAAACAACAACACAAUUAAAUAUCUCAUUGGUAUAACUCCAUCAGGUGCUGUAAGUUUUUUAUCCCCUGGAUGGGGUGGUAGAGUUUCAGAUAAAGAAAUUACAAUUAAAUCUGGAUUUUUAGAAAAAAUAACCCAUGGAGAUUGUGUACUUGCUGAUAGAGGAUUUACACUUGUUGAAGAAUUUUCUACAAAAGGUGGGAUUUUAAAAUUACCAAAGUUUACCAAAGGAAAAAAGCAGAUGUCUUCUGCUGAAGUUGAUGAAUCACGUCAAAUUGCACAUGUAAGAAUCCAUGUUGAAAGGGUAAUUGGACGGUUAAGAAAAUUUCGAAUUCUUUAG